CUCAUCACCACCACCAUGCCCCGCCGCCGCCCGUUCUCCGCCAAGCAGAAGAAGGAGCAGAUGCUGGCCAAGCGGGCGCGCAAGCGCGGCGAAGACGCACCCGCCUUGCAAUCCCAGCGGCGGCGCACGCCGGCCCGCUCAGCUCCAGGCCCAUCGCGUCUCGCCCUCGAGUCGCGCUUCGUCGCCCUCCCACCCGGCUUCCUCGAGCGUACACGCAACCUCGCGUACGCCGAGCCGCUUCCUCGCCCACUGCCCCCGUCCUCUGCCCUUUUUCCUCUUGACCUCCUCACGCGCCCGUCUAACCUCACCGUCCCAGCCCGCCCAAAGUUCAGGUACGGGCAGACGAAGAAGGAGGUCGAGCGGAACGAGGAAGGUGUGUUCCGCAAAUGGCUCGCGGCGACGCGGGGGGAGGUCACGGAAUGGAUGGAGAAGUCGCUCGAGGACGAGGAGGGCUGGCCGCGCAGCCCGAGCUGGUUCGAGACCAAUCUCGAAGUAUGGCGGCAGCUGUGGCGUGUUGUCGAGGCCUCUUCCAUCCUGCUACUGCUCGUCGACGCGCGCGCACCGCCGCUUCACUGCCCGCCUUCCCUCCGGACGUAUCUCCGCGCCCUCAAGCCACGGCGGCAGUUCGUGCUGGUCCUCACGAAGGCCGACCUCGUGGACGCGGCGGCGCUCGAUGGGUGGAAAGCGUGGCUCAAAGAGUGGUGGGCAGGGGAUGGCGAGAACGAGGAGGACGACACCCAAGUCGUCGCAGUGACCAGCUACGACCUCGAGCUUAUGUAUGCCGACAAGCGGCGGCACCGUCCCGCCAUCCCCUCGGCAUCGCGGCGCGCACUUGUCGACGCGUUGCAGCGGGCGCACGAGCGCCUCCUCGCUCCGCCAGAGUGGGCACGCACAGACCCAAAGAAGUUGGAGUCUUGGCGGCCUACUGUGCGCUCGAGCGUGGACUGGGCCGAGUUGUCCGCGGAGCCGCUGGAGCCAGCCAAGAGGGGCAAGCCGCGGCGGGCGGCCGCUGGUGCGGACGCCGGGGAGGAUGUGGAGGGCGCCGAGGGCGCUGACGAAGGAGAUGAAGAUGAGGCAGAGACAGAAACGGAGGACGAGACGAGCCUGCCCUCGCGCGACCCCGAGUCUGAACCCCUGACGAUCGGCCUCAUCGGUCAGCCCAAUGUCGGCAAAUCCUCCUUGCUCAAUGCGCUGCUUGGCACGACCAAGGUCCGCGCUUCUAAGACGCCGGGCAAGACGAAGCACUUCCAGACUAUUCUGUGGGGCGAGGCGCGCGAGGUCAAAAUCGUCGACUGCCCCGGUCUGGUAUGUCCAAGUCCGGUACCGAUGGAGCUGCAAGCAAUGGCAGGAAUCCUACCCAUUUCGCAAAUCCCUUCCCUGCCCGCAUGCACGGCGUUCGUAGCCCGUCACAUGCCGCUCGAGGAGGUAUUCCGCAUCCCGCCUCCAGAGAAGGUUGUGGACGACAUCGCGGCGCGGCGGACAUGGCGCGGCCCGCGUCCCGACACAACCACUGCCACGCCAGCGGAGCCCACGCACGAGCAGUGGACGGCGGGGGAGAUCAUGGAGGCGCGCGCGCUCGACCGCGGGUUCUUAACGGCGAAAGGCGGGCGGCCGGACGCGAAUCGUGCCGCAAACGCAAUGCUGCGGACGGUGGCGGACGGGCGGGUGCGGUGGGGGUUCUGGCCGCCGGGAGACGUCGAGGCGCGUCGCGGUGUGGGGGUGUGGCUCGGAGGAAACCCCGAUUUCGAGGCGCUGGGUGCGGAGAGCGAGAGUGGGAGCGAGAGCGAGGUGGAGGAGGAGGAGGAGGGUGAGGGUGAGGCGAGUAGUGAGAGAGACGAGGGGAGUGAGGGCGACGGGAGCGAGAGUGAGGGCGGAUUCGCGAAGCAGAACCAGCGGAGCUUCUUCGCGGCGCUGUCGCUGGAGGAUGGGAGUGAGGAGAGCGAUGGGAGUGAGGAGAGCGAUGAGAGCGAGACCUAG